AUGAAUAAAUACACUUUAAGAUUUAAUAAUCAAAAUCUUGAGCAAUAGUAUUUUGCUGAUCAAUUUAAUGAACUCUUUAAGUUUUACACUUGGGCCUGCAUCAUAGGAACUAUAAGUGCAAUAGGUGUUUUUUGUAUGGAGUUUUUUUAGCCUUUUGGAUUUGGACUAUUGAAAUAUGGAUUGGGAUUGAUACCAAUUAGCUUUUAUAUAAGCCAUAAAAUUGUAAGAAAGUACCCUGACCUUUUUAAUAUAAUUCUGGCUUGUACAAAUUUUUUACUUGGAGUGAUGAUUUAUUUUUUAUUGUUUGUCUUUGCCAAUUCUAAUGUUCUCUUUUUAGCUGGGUAAACGGUAGCAAUGGUUUAAUAUAGUUUAUUACUUGGAUCCAAUAUUAUUGCCAAUUUUGGAAUAUUAUUGCUUAAUUAAAUUGGAUUAAUGAUUAUGUGCACGUAUGUUUAAGAAUUUUUUAAUUCAAUACAAAUAAUGUUUAUUUUAGCUUUGUUGUUAGUCCUAAAAUCACUUUGGAUAUAAGAAAAAACUAAAAGAAUGUUUUUUCUACUAAAAACUGAAGAUACUUAAUUGUAAUAGUCUUUAGAUAAUGUAUUUAAAUUUAAAAUUGUUUAAUGUUCAUUUAAUGAAUAAAUAAAUGCAUUUUAGCUUUUACAUGUAAAUAAAUAAGCUACUAAAUUAAUUAAAAAUUAAGAAGAUUUUACAUAUUUUAUAAGAAAUUAUAAAGUAGUCUCCUUUUAACAUUAAAACACUUUGAAUGAAGAAUCUGAUUAAACUCUAAGUGCUUUAGCUUAAUUGAAAUAAACCUUAGAAUAGGUGUUAUUUAAAUUAAUUAAGGAUAAGGUGAGUGAAAGAUCAGCUGAGAUCUCUUCUGAUAAAUUUAAAUAAAUCUAUAAAGUAUCUUUGUAAAAUUGUUUAAACAAUGGUAAUCCAAGAUUAAUUAUUUUACUUCAGGAAGAUACUUAAUGUAAGAAAAUGAUAUAAUUGAAAAAGAAAAAUAGUAGAUACAAAUUUUUGAAUCAUCAUUUAUCUAAUUGUUUUGAUUAUUCUCGUUUAUCAUUAGGGUAUUUGAAAUCAUUAUUAAAUUAAUAAUCGUUAAUAAAUAAGAAUCAAUAAUUAAUUUUAAAAAAGUCUAUAUAAUUUCUUUAUAAAACUAUAUUUGGAUAUUAUAAUAUGAAAUUAUUUAUUGGUACUACAAAAUUUGGAGAAAUGAAGUAAUUUCAUUUUUCAUUACUGUUCAGUGAUAUUUAAUCUAUGUGGGGUAUAUAUGAUCCAAAAUAGGAAAUAGAAAUAUAUUUUAAGGAAAGUUAAACUUAAUGUUACACUAAUUAUGCAAUGAUACUUUAAUUAAUUUUAAAUGUAAUUGUGAUAAAUAUCAGUUAAUUAGAUUGUUAGAAAAUCUUUAUUAAUGUAAUUAUUAAUUUAGUAUUUCGUUAGGCAAUUUAAAAAUAAGUUGAAGGAAUUUAAGUUAUUAGUUGUUUGAUUACAUUUAAGACAGAAUUCAAUUAAUUCAGACAAUAUUAGACAAGAGAAUAAAGAUAUUUGAAUAUUAUUCUUGAAAAAGUGAAUAAGAAGAUAUUAUAGGAAAUAUGUUUAACUUAAGUAAUGUGUAAAAUAAACAAUAAAAAUGAUCGAAUAAUUGAGUUUAAUGUAAUAUAAAAUUUGAAUGAAUUUAAAUUGAACCUUGAACAUACUUAUUAAUUAAAUACUAUUAUGAAUAUUUGA